UUGAUUUGUUUUGUUAUGUUGGGUUAAGUGGCUUUCAUUUCAUUGUUUUGUUUUGUAUUUUGUAUUUUUUGUACAGUAUUUGUAAUGUAGCCUAUUGAAAUAGCAGGAUGUAGGGGUAAAAUAGGCGUUUUAAUUUUGUUUUUUUAUGAAAGUUUGGGAAAAAAUGGAUGGAGGUUAGUGAUUAUUAUGUACGGUACUUGUUAUGAUACUAUGAUGAGUUUCAAAAUCAAUUGAGGUCAGAAUGACGCAAACCUCCAUACCAACUAGCUCACAUGCAGUAGAGUUGUCUCGGCAGAUGGUUGAGGUAGAGAUGGACAUGGAAGUCAAAUCUGAGCCAGAGUCUGAAGAUAAUAUGAUAGAUUGCAGCAUCAGCGUAACUUCGUCUGUUGAACUCUGUCAGCCUGAUUACUCACAAAGUGAUGAAGAGGGACUGGAAGAGGAGCCACUGAUUGAAAUUGAAUCAAUGAUGGUUUCUCAACAACUGGUCAAAGACGAUUUGGAACCAAAUUUAUUACUUUUUGUAAAAAAUAAUCCUGAAGAAGCGGAUGAAGUAAUGAACACCAUCUGUUCGUCUGAAAGCUUCGAAAAGUCCCUGUUUUCAAAAAAUUACAAGCUUUCUCGAAUACAUUCAGUUACUGAUGCUUCAAUAACAAAAGCUCUUAGAAGUGUGAAGAGAAAACAAAAUAACAAAAUCCAGCUUAAUAAUGUUUCUAAGGAAAAGGCUGAUAAUAUAAAAAAACAAAUGAAAAUUGCUACAAAGAGACCUAUAAAAAAGAAGUUUCCAAAAAUUAAUGCCGCUGGAUUUUCUUCUAGUAGCAGUAGUUCAGAUGCUGGACCUACAUUGACUAAUAGAUCACUUAAGACUAAAGAAGUACUGCUUGAAAAAGAAGAAAAUGAUAAAUGCAAGGGAAGCAAGCCAAAACAUCACAAUUCCUCUCAAGAAAUUAAACAAACGCACGUUUUACCUGAGGAAGUUUUAUCAGAGUCUCUACCUAACGAACAAAACCUCAAUGAUUCUGAAUUAAAAGAUAAGACUGAAAAAGGAACAAAUUUUGUUAAGUCAAAAGGUAAAGAAAACACCCGUUGCAACAUUGAAGAUGACGACACAGCGGAUACUGUGUUGAGUAGUGAUCAGUGUGAGCCGAAUGUCAGGAAAGAUGGUAGAAGUAAGAAAAAGAUAAAACCCUUGAAACCGAGCUCAUACGACUGUACAGUCUGUGGUAAACGUUUCCGAGAGAAAAGUCACCUUGCGACUCAUGCAAGAGCUCACAAUGAAGUGAGGAACUUCAGGUGUAACCAAUGCGGUGUGAUGUUCAAAACAAAGACAAACUUGUUCUUUCACAUGAAAACUCACGAAGCCCCAUUUACCUGCACAAAGUGCGAUAAAACUUUCGGACUGAAGAAGAUGUUUACUCGUCACAUGAGAGUUGUACACAGCGGAGAAGGCCUGUUCAACUGUGACAUCUGUGGAAGGCCGUUCAAGUCUGCCCAGAACCUGGAGUUGCAUUACACCCUGCACACAGGGAACAAACCAUUCUCUUGUGACAAGUGCUGCAAAACAUUUGUCUACAAAAGCACUUAUCGGGCUCAUAUGAAGGCACAUGAAGCAGAUGAACAGUUUGCCUGUGAGCUGUGUCUAGCCGCUGGGCCAGUAGACAAGAGUGAGCUGAGGAGGAGAUGCGGCCACUACUCACAAGCUCGCCCCUGGCUGUGUACGGUGUGUGGCAAGGCCUACCCACUCAAGUCUACACUCAAGAAUCACAUGAAAUCUCACGAGGCGGAGAAACCGUUCAAAUGUGACGAGUGUGGGAAGUAUUUCAUGAAGAGAAAAACAUACGAGUGCCAUCUGAAGACACACACAGGCGAGAAACCGCAGUACAUGUGUGACCAGUGCUCUCAGUCGUACUACAGCUACGAGUCUCUCAAAAGACACUACAUGAAGCACACAAGUGAUAGACGGUUCUCCUGUGACCUGUGCAGCAAGGCGUUUUGGACCAAGGACGCCAUGAAGGUGCACAGACGUUCACACGAGAACGUGAAGACGUUCCAGUGUACACAGUGUUCUAAAGCAUUCGCUCACAAGCACUCUCUGGUUGCACACUUGCGGAGUCACGCUGGUGAGACGACGCACGCCUGUGAUAUCUGCUGCAAGACGUUCCUACACAAGUAUCACCUGACUCGUCACCUACGGCAGCACACCUCCCCCCUCCUGCCGCCCCCUCCAUUACCUCUGGCUCCGUCCCUGUACAUGCUCCCACCUCACAACCACCUCGACAUACCUACUCUACAGAUUCUAUAGCAAAUAUAUAUAUAUAUUUUU